AUGGCAUCUGCCCCCGACCCCACGACCCUCACUUCGUCUGCCGACAUUUUUUCCGGAACUCACACCCUCCCGCAAAUUCGAUCCAUCCACAACUCUCUCCAUGUCCAUAUCGGGGAGAAGGCGGCUCGUCUACGGACGCAGGUCGGCGGCUCGUACCGCGAACUCCUAGGCACGGCUGACACAAUCGUUCACAUGCGAGACGAUAAUAGCCGAGUGCAGGAUCUUCUGGGCAAGAUGGGAGCCCGAUGCGGACGAAGCGUCAUCUCCUCCAAGGCGUCUGGGCUUGGCAAGUUUGUCACAAGAAACAAAGGUCCGGAAGCGAUCGAAACGGCGAGACUGAAGCUGGUGGAAUCGUGCGGUCUCGCGGUAGCGAGGAUUCUGAAAGGCGGUGCGGGAGUAGACGAGCACAUGAAGAAGGGCGACAGAUUGGUGCUGGCUACAAAGGUCUUUGUCAUUGGCCGACUGUUGGUCAAGAGCUUGAGGGAGGAGGCCUCGUCGGAGCACGUUCAGCAAGCGGCCGACGCCGCCGGUAAGAUGUCGGAGUCGCUGCGUCGACGUAUUCAACGAAACAUCGAGCGACUGCUUGAGAACGCGGACGACACGACAGACACGGAAGAUGUGGUCAAGGCAUUGUGCGCGCACAGUCUUGCGGACAGCUCUGGGGCGAAGCGUGCCAUCUGGCUCUUUCUCCGAGUGAGACAACGAGCUGUGGAGACGGCGUUGGACCUGGAGGAGAGCGAGCGGACGACCGGCGCCGAGGAUGUGAUCCGCAGCUUGAGACUCUACACCAAGACCCUUCUCGACGUCCAGGCCUUGGUCCCAGUCAAGCUGUCGCAAGCCCUGUCCGGCUUGAAGAGCUACACGCUGUUGGCGGACGCUGCUCUCAGAAAGCUCGAGUGCCUACGCUUGGACAUUUAUGAACGCUGGUGCAGCGAUGAAAUUCGGGAUUUUACACCCUUCAUCAAACAUGACGACCUUGACGGCAAGCAGGCGAGGGAGAUGCUCGGCACGUUUGCCGAAAGAGGUGGCCAGGUCGUCAUUUCUGGCUUGCAAAGGACGCUCGACCACAUGAUGGACUUCAAGUCCAUAACUGAUUUGCGAACACGCGUAUUGCAGCUUUGGAUCAGAGACGGCGGCCGGGCCAAGGGCUUCGACCCGCAAGUCCUGCAAGACGAGUUGCGCGAGGCCAUCAACACGCGAUUGCUGGCGGUCGUCGAAAUCAAAGCCACCAGGCUACGGCUCGUGGGAUCCGAGGUCAAGGCCACCCUCGAAGGAUGGCAAAGGGGCGUUUCAGACGAGUCUCACGGCCUCUGGGACGACAAGGGCUACGAUGCCGCCUUGUCCCACGGAGCCACGCCCUUUAUCCAGGAGGUCGUCUCCCGACUGUACGGUCGCAACGACGCGGUUUCGAGAGCAACUCACAGCUACGGCUCUUGGUUCCACAUCAUCGACGACGUCGAGACCGUCGUGGAGCAGCUGCGAAAACAGCGCUGGGACAACGACUACGACGAGAUCGAGGACGAGGAGACCAUCGAAGCGAGACAGAAGAUGCUUAGUCAGGAAGACCCCAAAGAGUUGCAAGAAAAGCUGGACACGACUCUAGACAAGGCAUUCCAAGAUCUGCAACACCAGCUACAGGACUUGUGGCGACAUUACUCCGAGCACGAGUCCGGCGGCGCCAUGGCCAUCUACCUCAUCCGCGUGCUACGCGACAUCCGCACGCGGCUCCCGGACCGCCCGGCUAUCAAGGACUUUGGAAUAUCGCUGGUUCCCAGCCUCCACAACCAAGUUGCUGUCAUGGCAUCAAAGUCCGCGACGGAGGAGUUUAUAUCCUCUGGUCUGUCGGAUAAGAGCGUGGCGCUGAAGCCGCUGUGGGAGGGCGAGCCCGCAAUGCCAAGUCAGCCCUCGCCAGCUGUGUUCCAGCUGUUGCGGGACUUGUCGCUGUCAAUGACGGAUCUGGGGGUCGAUCUGUGGACGCCUGCAGCGACGGCGGCGAUGAAGGGCUUGCUGAUGGCAAAGCUGUGCGCUGCGUGGCGCAAGGAGCUCGAUGGACUGUCCACAGACGCUACGCCUAGCGGUGGGCACGACGAUGGGAACGAGGAGAAGAAGGAUGCGGACGAAGAGGAGAAGCCCAAGGAGUCUGUGACGGCGGACACGGGGGACAUUUGUGCGCAGUGGCUGUUUGACAUUGCGCUUCUGCGCUGCUGCAUUGCCACGGGUGAAGGGGUGCACGACUUCGAAGAGCUGGACGGGCAAGUAUACGACAAGAGCGGGCUUGACGAGGCGGCGAGGAAGAAGAUUAACAAGAUGGCGCAAGACUUUUGGGGACGCGUCAAUUUGUUGUUUGGGUUCUUGGCAUAA